AUGCCGUCCAAAAAAGUCCUCAUCAUCCUGAGCGAUGCCAAUUCCUUCCCUCUGAAAAAGACCAGCGGACCAGAUGCUGGCAAAGUUGUCGACCAGCCCUCGGGAUUCUUCCUCCAAGAGCUGGCAAAGCCAUUGCAAAAGAUCCUAGACGCCGGGCAUGAAGUUACCUUUGCCUCGCCCAAAGGAAACGAGCCCACCUCAGACCCCAGCAGCGAGUACCUGAUCGCAUACGCCGGCAAUUUCUACGAGCGUCGACGCGAGAAGGAGCUUAUUGAGAAAAUGAAGAAGACCAAUGGGUUCGACCACCCGCGACCUUUCAGUUCCUUUGACGAGGACGAAUUAGCGACCUUUGCUGGAGUCUUCAUUCCUGGAGGACAUGCACCACUGGCGGAUUUGGGCGAUGAUCCGAACCUGGGCAAGAUUCUGCGAUUCUUCAAUAAAGAGAACAAGCCAACUGCUGCUAUCUGCCAUGGGCCUUAUGCCCUGCUGAGCACGAUGAAGGCGGGUGAUGGUUCAUUCGUCUACAAAGGGUACGAGAUAACGUCUUGGAGUGACGCCGAGGAGAAAUUCAUGGAGACUUUAUUGGGAGGAGAGGUUGAGAAAGUCGAGUCGGCAUUGAGGGAUCAGGGAGCAGUCAUGGUCGAAGGUGCUUCAGAGAAGAUGGGAGGCACAACUCUUCACCGGGAAUUGCUUACAGGUGGUAAUCCUUUGGCGGCAAAUGCUUUGGGCGAUCGGUUCUUGAAGAUGCUCAGUGCAUAG